AUGGCUGGGAAAGGCGGGCCGACCAACUUGGAGAAGGAGCAGAUGUUUGGGAUGGCGGAGAAGGAGAUGGAGUACAGGGUUGAUCUUUUCAAUAGGCUUACACAGACCUGUUUCGACAAGUGCAUUGAGAAAAGGUAUAAAGAAGCUGAGCUCAAUAUGGGUGAGAACAGUUGCAUUGAUCGAUGUGUUUCAAAGUACAUUCGCCUCUCGAAAAAAAAAAAAAAGAAGCUAUGGCUGUCGGAGGAGGAGAAGAAAGAUAUUAUGAAAAUGUACAAAGUCACGUUGCCAUCAAUGAAGACUCGCGAGAGGAUUGACGCAGACUUUGCUCAGGAGCAUGGUCGACCCCUUUCAUGGUUCUUUGGCGAAUCUGAUUUGCUAAAGUUUAGGCGAGAAACCAAGGAGAGGUACGACUGGCUCAAGAAGGAGGGGGAUGCACCGACUAUGGCAGAAAACGACGGACGUAUCCCAAUGAUGCUGGUGGACAAUGACAAUGAUGAAGAUGAAAUGAUCUACAAUUCCGAUGUCGAUGACGAUGAGCCUUUUCAUCAUUUGUGCGACUAUUAG